AUGUCUUCACAUCGAAGAGGACCGUGGUCUCAGACGGAAGAUUCAUAUCUCGUCCAGCUUGUCCACACACAGGGAGCAUUGAACUGGGUAAGAAUUGCGCAACUCAUCGGGUCUCGCUCCCCAAAACAAUGUCGAGAGCGUUAUCACCAAAAUCUAAAGCCAUCGCUCAACCAUGAACCCAUCAGCCCAGAAGAAGGACUACAGAUUGAGAGACUAGUUGGGGAGAUGGGAAAGAGGUGGGCGGAGAUUGCUAGAAGGCUUCACGGGCGAAGCGACAACGCCGUCAAGAACUGGUGGAAUGGAAGCAUGAACAGACGGCGCCGUGUAGUUCUCCGAAGAAGGCCAUCUGGAUCGUGCCCACCAGCGUUCGAAGACAAAGACCAGCAGCCGACAUUCGCCAGACCAACAAACAGCCGACAGCUCAUGAUAACAUAUUCUUCUUAUUCUCCACGGCGCGGCGACGGCUCGCUGCCAUCCCCAGCAGCAUCGGAGAUGUCGAUGACCGAGUCUAUGGACGAGCCUCCAUCACUUGUGUCUGACAAUGGCUCUACUUUCUCCGUGUCCCCUCGUCUAGCAAUCUCACCCCGACUUGAACUACCUCCUCUCGCAGGAUACGCAAGGAGUGAUGCCAGGAGACCCAGCUUGCCAAUGCUUCAUUUCCCGCCUCCGAGUCCACUCCGCAGCGAGCACGAUGCUCUAGGUCACAUCUUUACUCAACGAAUUCACAGCGAAUUCAAGAGUCACUCGAGCAACUGCUACCCUUCAGUUUACCCAGUUGCGUCGUACGGUGUGGAGGUUCUUUCCCGAGAUCAAGCAGACCGUCGAAUGUAUUCGACGAAGCCUGUAUCCGCACCAGUUCAACUUCCACCUCUUCAGAUGGUCCCACGUCCUGUUUACUCUGAGCCAUCAGCCGAAAGGGAUUCGAGAAUGCACCUGUCUUCGCUGCUGGGUUAA